UUGUCAACACGAAUCGAAUUACGGCAUCGGCAUCUCCACGUGUAGUCAGUGAAAGAAGUAACGUUAGCUGUUAUCAAAACACGUUUGUGUGUAGAGGUUUUGCACAAAUUUACUUGCUUUAAUGUAUGACAAUAUGGAAUCAUUGAUCCUUCCAACAAAGGAUGACUUCGAUAGUGAAUGCGACUCACCUGGUGAAAUGAAUGAAAGAGGAAAGAAGCGAAAGAUAUCCCUGACAAGGUGUGGUAUGUGUGACACAGAGGAGGCGAGAUAUAGGUGUCCUGGCUGCAUGACGCACUCCUGUAGUUUGGUAUGUGUAAAGAAGCAUAAAGUGGAGACAGGAUGCAGUGGUGUUCGAGAUAAAGCUGCUUUUGUACCCCUCUCUGAGUUUGAUGAGAUCAACCUCCUCAAUGACUACAGGUUUCUGGAGGAGACUGGGAGAUUGGCAGAUAGCACCACAAGGGAUGUCUUUACUCAGCUACCUCAACAAACCCAGAGGGUCCAGAAGCUGGCUAAGCAGGCCAACGCAGCUAAAAUCAAACUGAAGGUCCUCCCCAGAACAUUCACCAAAAGGAAAGAGAACUCCACCUUUUACCACAGAAGAGAGGGACGUUUCUACUGGCAUCUGAAGCUCCUUUUCCCCCAGAGCAGUGCUGAAUACGCAGAAAAGAGAGUUCCAGAUAAUCAAACCUUGGAGGAGAUUCUCAAGUCUUACAUCCACCCCACAGAGUCUGACCCAAUUAGACGGCAAAAGUUAAAGAUUUAUGCUCAUUCCCCAGUGGACCAUGUUAGGGUCUUUAUGAAGGCAGAGGAGAACAGGCCUAAUUCGCUAAGGUACCAUGAGCUAGACCUGAAGAAAAGCUUAAAAGACAACCUGAUGCACAAAACCAUCAUUGAGUAUCCUGCCCUGCAUGUGACUUUGAAGGACCACUGCCAAGACUACCUCACUCAGAGACAAGGAGAAAUGUGGACACCUCGCUUCACCACCACCACCACCACCCCUUCAGAGAGUGUUGUCCUUGCUGGUCCUGAAGCUGAUGCAGCGACAGAGCUACCUAAGGUGGACCCCCAUAGCCUUUGUGUAACCCUCUCAGCCAGACCCCUGGCGAAGAAGGUGAAGAGGGCCCCGCUCAGCGAGGAUGAGCUGGAGGACGGCGAGAUCCUGAGUGGUGGUGAGGAAGAGAAAGAUGAUGAAGGCAAACCUGCCGAUGGACCCGGUAGUGAGAUUCUGGGUGCAAAUCACAAUAAGCAAGGUGAAAGUGAGGUUGAUGGUAGUUGUCAAGAGGAUAAGACUGAUGGUCAUCACGAUGAAGGGUUGACCGGUGAUGUGAGCAGUGAUGAGAACUGAGUCGAAGGCAGUCACAGUAAAAAAAGACUGCUACAGAGGACAGAUGGCAAGGCGAUGAGAGAAGAGUUGAUCUCUACCAUGGAGACACAGAGCUGAUUGAUAUUGUGAUGAAACCUAUGUUUGGACUUCAUCACAGAGAACAAAAAUGUGCAUCUUGAUCAUGAAGUUUAUUGUUACAGAUAAGUUGGUCUUAUAGGUCUAUAUGAAUGUUUAUGUGGAAAAGGAUCAUAGAUGCAAGUGGUGUAGGAAUUGAGUACUUUUUCCACUUAAAACACUGACUGACUGACUGACUGACUCACUCUUCUGACAUUAACUCAAUCCAGAGAAAACCUCUUCGACUGCGCAUCAGGAAUGUACUGUAUGAAAAGUGAUCAGUGCUUAAUGUGUUAUUUCAAGCCACAUAUUAUGCUUUUAGAUUAAUUAACAUAUUUGUACUUGCACAAAGUAAUAUAAUUGACACCACACCUUUGACAAGUCAUAUCUUUUUAGUGUUUUUUAUACAUGGUGGUCCAUUCCAUGUGUUUUUAUUUUGUUCUAUUGUUUGAGUCAUUCCUUCGUUGCUGAUGCGAUGGAUAAUGAUUUGCAGACUGUGCCAUUUUCAAUCAGUGAAAUAGACUGAUGAGCCUGGAUCUAAAAGUUCACAAUAAAAGCUUCAUGUUAUUGU